GACGACGUGCGACGAUACCAUCAAAAUCCACGAGCCACGACAACGAUACCACGACCGUCUUCUGUUCUGCGAUCACGUUUGACAUAAUUAUUUUUUUUUACCUUUUUUAAACUUCUCGGUCCCACCUUGAAGAUCGACCGAACUACCUACGGCUACCGUACGAGUUAAUUGCCCCAUCCACCAAUACCGGUCUCCCUCCCUGGUCUCCUAUUCUUCGACCACGACCACGACCACAUCUACACCUUGAAUCUCGUCUUCGACGGCCGUCGCAGGCGCCACGAUACGGCGCUUUUCAUGUCCUCCAGACUUCGACUGCCAUCAAUCACAAUACCUGCCGCCGUGGUAGGAUCUUUCUCCCCAUGGACCUGAUCAGGAGGGCCACCAAGGUGGCUCCCAGCAAACCUCCUCUACAACUUCCCCUCGACGAGAAGAGGGAUUCCAAACACAACAAGUCGGUCGACUCUCGCAUGGCCUUCUUCCGUCGACCCCUGCGAUUAAAGGGGAACUCUACAAUUUCCGUACCUCUGGGCGUGGUUGUCUUUUUUCCAAUGCUUGUUUUAAUCCUUAUUUUUAUUCUCUUCGUCAGCCAUCCCAGUUCCCCCGGCAGGUUUCUGAUACCAGGGGGUGCUCCCCCCAAGAUGCGGAAAAUCAGCGAAAAGUACGAUAAGGUGUUCGUCGAGGGCUGCGCCCAGCCUGACACCAGCCAACCUCGAGCCAACGCCGCCUUUGUGAUAUUAGCGCGAAACAAGGAGAUCGAUGGUGUUUUGCAAUCUAUAAAAUCAGUUGAGAGACAUUUCAAUCGUUGGUAUCAUUACCCCUAUGUGUUCCUCAACGAUGCAGAUUUCGACGACAACUUCAAGGAGGCUGUUCGAAAUCAUACCUCUGGAGAUGUUGAGUUUGGAAAGGUUGGACCAGAUAUGUGGGGGUUCCCCGAUUGGAUUGACCCCAAAGUUGCUUCAGAGGGUAUCGCCAAGCAGGGCGACGCUGCCGUCAUGUAUGGAGGCUUGGAGAGCUAUCACAAGAUGUGCAGAUUCUACUCUGGUUUCUUCUUCAACCACCCCUUAUUGCUCAAGUAUGAGUGGUACUGGCGAGUCGAACCCGAGAUCAGCUACUUCUGCGACAUCACAUAUGACCCUUUCCAGAAAAUGAUCGAACACAAUAAAACAUACGGCUUCACAAUCGCCGUCAAGGAACUUCGAGAGACUGUUCCCAAUAUCUUCCGAUACGCAUCCGCAUACAAGCGACUUAACAACAUCACAUCGAAAGGCUUGUGGGAAAUGUUCGUUGAGCCACCAGAGGACGAUGAUGAGGAUACUGCUAAGGACAGCGAUACUUCGCCAAAUCCCGAGAAGAGUUUCUGGGAUACCCUCACGGGUAAGAAGGAAAACAUUGUCGACCCUGAGUCAAUGGAGGGAGAGACAUACAACAUGUGCCACUUUUGGUCCAACUUCGAAAUUGCAAAGCUCAGCUGGUUCCGCAGCAAGGAGUACCAGGACUUUUUCGAAAUGAUGGACAGAAGUGGUGGCUUUUGGAUGGAACGAUGGGGCGAUGCUCCGAUUCACUCCCUUGCCGCUGGCGCUCUCCUCGGACCCCAGGAUAUCCAUUACUUCCGAGACUUUGGUUACCGACAUACAACGAUUCAGCAUUGCCCUGCUAAUGCGCCGGGCAAACAGCUCGCACGUGAGCCGUACCUAGAGAAGACAACAUUCCCCGAGUAUAAGAGAUUCGAGGAAGAUGAUUACUGGGAGCAGUGGGACGACGUGCAAGAAGGUGGCAUUGGCUGUCGCUGCAGAUGUGAUACCGAUGUUGUCGAUGUUGAAGGCAAAGAAGGAUCAUGUCUUGCAGAAUGGGUCGACGUUGCUGGCGGCUGGGAACAUCCAUACUAGGCCACUUCAAAACUUGAGCUGUCUUGAGUAUGGAAUCCAACAAACGGAUCAAUAUCGGC